GGCGAAUGACUUUUUUAGAUAAGUAAUGUUUAUUUUUUUAAGUAAAUAAAAGAAUUUAAUUUUAAAAAUUGCCUGUUACAUGAUUUGUUAAGUUUAUUUUGAUUGUAAAAUACACCAGAUUGUUUGAUAUUCCUUUUUAUCUUGAUUGACGCUAACAGAUACAGUUUUUCUACUGUUUUUAACCUAAUUGAAAAGAAAGAUAAUGAAAAAUUAUGUCUAGUUUCUAUUUAAAUCACAACCACUUUAACCGUCGUUAGUAUACUUUGAUAACAGGUAAAUGUACUUGUGAAAUGAAAAUGGAUUUUAAGAACAACUACACCAUUUGUCCUGUAUUAAAAGAUCCUGACCACUAUACGCCAGAUAUAAUCGAUCUUUUAAGCAACGAAGCCGCGCGAAAUUACUGGUUAGUAACGUUAGAACGUCUAGUCGAAAAAUUCGUGGACAAAGCCGAGAAUUUGAAUCCACAAAAUCCGAAAGCGACCGAACACGCCAGAGCCUGUUCGCAGAAGUUUCAUAAUUUAGUAGAAAAAAUCAAAUUAAAUCCUUUAAUUUUAAAACCACUUACUGUAAGAACAUUACUAGACUAUAAUGAGGAAAACUUACGGGUACACUUUAAAGACGCUUGGCAAUUACAAAAAGAGACUGAAACAGAACAAGCUUUAAAGGAGUUUAGCGAUAGGAUUAAGAAAAUUAGUUUGAUAGAAGACUUCAGGGAAAAAUGGGAAGAGCUAGUUAAAGGAGUCUUAGCCGGAAACGUCUUUGAUUGGGGCGCCAGUGCUGUGUCUAAUAUAUUGGACACAUCUCCAACAUUUGGACUGGAUCAUGCCAUGGAAACUAUCGAGAGUAGACCUUGGUUUAUUGAUGAUUUGGAUUUAUUUUUGAACAAGUUAUAUAAAAAAAAUUAUAAGUGUGCUGUCAUUUUUGUGGACAACGCCGGGAUAGAUUUUAUAUUGGGAAUACUUCCUUUUGCUUGUGAGUUACUGUCAUUGGGUACACAGGUGGUACUGACAGCAAACUCUUAUCCAUCUUUAAACGACGUUACCUAUACAGAUCUUAAGCAGUACUGUGCGCAAGCUGCAGAGCACUGUCAUGUUAUUAAGGAUUGUAUAAAGAGUAAGCGGUUGGUUACAGUGGAGAAUGGACAGAAGGGACCCUGUUUGGACUUGACAAACAUACCAAAAGAGUUGUGCAACCUAAUGUCCGAGGCCGAUUUGGUGGUACUGGAAGGAAUGGGUCGUGCGGUACAUACGAAUUUAAACGCCAAAUUCGAGGUGGACAGUAUAAAAAUGGCGUCAUUGAAGAACGAAUGGCUAGCUAAAAGUUUGGGUGCCAAACAGUUUUCGGUAAUAUUCAAAUACGAACCCGGAACAGCUUCACUAUGAUCGUGUGAGUGUUUUAUUUCUAAUCUAUUUUAUUUAGGGACUUGCCAGCAAAAUUAUUUAGUUUUGAACAUAAUUGUACUUUGUAUAAAAAUUAUAUAUUAUAUAGAAUUAUAGUUUGUGAUAAUUGAGAAAUGAAACACAGAAAUAAUAUAAUAUAUGUUUUAAUUUUGUUGAAAA